UAAACCAUUCACCGGUUCACCUUACUGAUCAACGUGUCCAGUGUUGCAUCCACUAUUCCACCACAUGCACUUGCCUUACUCCGGCGAUUCACACACCGGGAAACCGAUUCUCACUAUCCAUUUCCACCGGUAGCCGGUAACUGGUAAUUUCUCCCUCUUCAUCUGAAAUCCCUUCUGUUGAUUGCUGAAUCUUGAAAUGUAUGCAAUUUCCCCGUUUUUCCGAUGUCUCAAAUCAGCUAAUCGCCAUUGUUAUACCCCUUUAUGUUCCAUUAUACAAGUAUCUCUUAAUUAUCAUUUAAGAUUGUUUAAUACUUCAAAUUCAACCGAAAUUAACGAAACCCCAGAAAACCCCAACCCAAUUUCAGCAAUUUCUGAGCUCAUAGCUAAGCAGCAUUGGAAGGAAUUGAAAGUAAAUUAUCUGAAUGAAACAAACCCUAAUGAAAUUCUGCAACAAUUGUUUGAUUCUAACACUGACCCGCGUCUGAUUCUUCAGUAUUUUAAAUGGUUAGAGGCAAACCAUGGUGUUUUACAUGACAUUAAGGUGUAUUUUAAGGUUUUUCAUAUGUUAGCUGAGGAGAAAUUAUAUGGGGAGAUUAGGAAGUUGUUGAAUGGGUUUGUGAAGAAGGGGAAGUACUCGAAUUCAGAGGUUUUUCAUACUCUUUCGACUACAUUUGCUGACUCGUUUAAGGUUAAUUCGAUGAUUGUUGAUAUGCUAGUUCAGACAUAUGUGAGAACUUUGAAGGUGGAUUUGGCGGUUGAGGCGGUUAGGAGAGCUUGGGAAUAUGGUUUUAGGUUAUCAGUUUUAUCGUGUAACCCGUUGUUGAGUGCUUUGGUUGAUGAAGGGAAGAUAAAAGUUAUGGAACAAUUGUUUAAAGAGAUGAUUAGGAGGGGAGUUCAGCUUGAUAUUAUGACGUUUAACACGGUCAUUCAUGGGUUUUGUAAAGUUGGUCAGUUGCAAAGGGGGCAUGAUCUUUUAGAGGAUAUCAAACUAUGGGGGUUAUCUCCAACUGUUGUCACGUAUAACACUCUUAUUGAUGGGUAUUGCAAGACAUCAAGGGUUGGAAAGAUGUAUAAAGCGGAUGCUUUCUUGAAAGAAAUGGUGUCAAUGAACAUUACCCCAAAUGAGAUCACCUACAAUACUCUUAUUGAUGGAUUCUGUAAAGAUCAAAACUUGCCAUCUGCUUUGAAGGUUUAUAAAGAAAUGCAGCGUAAUGGAUUGAAACCUGGUAAUGUCACGUAUAAUACACUGAUUAGGGGAUUCUGUAGUGAUGGUAAAAUGGAUGAAGCUUUAGAGUUAAGAAAUGACAUGUCUAUUCUAGGUUUGAAGCCGAAUAUCAUAACGUAUAAUGUCCUUAUCAAUGGCUAUUCUAAAAUGGGAAAGAUCAAAGAAGCUAGGGAGUUGCUGGAAGAUGCUGAUAGAAUAGGUUUAACUCCUAAUGUUGUAACUUUCAAUACUUUGAUUGAUGCUUAUUGCAAGGCUGGGAUGAUGGACGAAGCUGUUGCGUUGCGGAUUUCAAUGUUGGAGCGGAACAUCUCCCCUAAUGUCUCGACUUAUAACUGCUUGAUUGGUGGAUUUUACAAAAACGAGGAUUUUGAGAGGGUUGGUGAUAUGUUAAGAGAAAUGAAAGAUUUGGGGAUCCAACCUGAUACUGUGACAUAUAACAUACGGAUAGGUGCUCUUUGCCAGAAAGAUAACACAAGAAAAGCAGUUAAGCUACUAGAUCAAAUGUUAGAGAUGGGUUUGAAUCCAACUCAUGUGACCUAUAAUACCUUAAUCGAUGGCUACUGUACUAAAGGAAAUCUCAGGGAUGCCAUGAAUAUGAGAAAGAGAAUGGAGAAAGAUGGUAAAAGAGCAAAUGUUGUGACGUAUAAUGUGUUAAUAAAGGGUCUUUGUAUCAAAGGCAAGAUGCAAGAAGCAAACAAACUUCUUAAUGAGAUGUUGGAGAAAGGUUUAGUCCCUAACCGGAUCACUUAUGAUAUAAUCAAGGAGGAAAUGAUGGAGAAAGGAUUUGCCCCUGAUAUUGAUGGACAUCUUUAUAAUCAAUCUUCUGUAUCUUAAUUAUGUGGCAGGGGAUUAUUGCUUGAAUGCUUUCAUAUCACUGUUUUGUUGGCAGUUCACGGUAUUAGAUGCUGCUUGCUACUCCUUGGUCGCCGAGUUUUCUUUCUUGGAAAGAAAAAACACAUUCAUUGGUAGUGGAGCAAUGGAAAAGAAAAUUCAGAAGUAGAUUACAUUGCUCCACCAUGCUGUUAUCAGACCCAGGAUUAUGUCACUGUUUAGGGUUCAGUGAUUUGUGGGUUUUGUAAUCAGUUUCUUGGUUGGGAAUUGCUUCAACUGUAAAGUCUGUAAUAUUGGUGGCAGGCUACAGCAAGAGGCUGAUGCAUGGAAAUUUUGCCUAUCAAAUAGAACUGUGAUUAGCCUGGAGGAGUUUUCUUCUACCGAGAUACAGAGGUUUCGGUGACGUGUACAGUCAAGUCUUCAUGCAUGGAGUAGUGUUCCACUACGGAUGAUCAUGAUUCGUGAAGCUCGUUAAAGAUACUCAAUUAGGGCUGAGGACUGCUGAUAUUUUCUAAAUUCGGAGUAUAUUGUGUCUUUCCAUCUGUAAAUUUGUCAGGUUAGGCUGUUCAGUGUGAUCUACUGAUCUGUGAUCUGUGAUGAUAUCAAUGUUCUUCAGAGUAAUGCUUUA